AUGGAGGCUGGCGGGUGCCUAAAUGCUGGCACAUCCGUCCGAGCAUAUUAUGACAUGAACGACCACCCUAUGGGGUAUCGGUAUGUGAAAAUGCUGGAGAUGCCCAGAGAUGGCCCUGCAGAUGUCUCAGAUCCUCCGGUUGUUGGGGUGUCUCAAGGAUGGAUUCCUGCAACAGUGGUCGAGGACUACGAUCCGAAGCAGAAUGGGGAAGCCGGGGUCCUUGUGAAGCUCCACGGCUUUUUUGAGGAUGCUUACCGAGAGGAAAAACCUGUGAGUGGAAUGAUGUGGAAAGUUCAGCCCAACUUGAUCUCCUUGAGAAGCUCCCCUCCUGUGAAAAUUCAGCUUUCCCUCCUCGUGGUCCGCUGGAAGGAAUACUUCACAAGGACUACCACCUCUAGAUCGCACAACAUUCUGAAUGAGGGUCUGAUCCGAGAUGUACUGGCUGGGGAGGCUUCUUGCAAGGAGGUCUUCGGAAAAAGCGGUGCCUACGAGGUCAUUUCCGUCUUUGCAUCCACGGGUCGCCAUCUAGAUGCAGUGCCGCGUGAACUCCUGGCCUCAAGCUUGCGAGGAUCCAGAAAAGCUGCUCUCUUCUUUCUUUGGCCAACCCUCAAAAAGGGCGUAGUAGAGCAAGGCCAUGUGGAUGCCGACGCCAUGAAGAGUCUUAUGACCGGGAUGGAAGGCCUGGGGGUGAAGACUUGCUGGCCGCAUCCAUGGUCGCUUUAUGAAGAUCUUGUGAGUAAGCAAUGGGCUCCACGUGAUUGCUCACGCCUGGAGCUGCGAAUUCCUCCCACGACUUCUGUUUCCUGUAAGUCCUUGAGGGAAGCAGGGGUUGAAGCCGUUGCCUCUUCGGCCAUCGCGGAGCUGCAGCGGCUCAGCAGAGAGAGGGGUCGGACGCCAUUGUCCCAGGAGCAGUAUCGAGGCGUUGCGAAGCUCACAUACUCCUGGAUGGGGGUUGCGGUCCUCCCCUUCGUCGGUGAGGAAAGCUUGCAGCGAGCUCUGGAGAAGCUUCUUGAUGGAAUGCCUGACAUUGCUCAGUGCUUGGUGCAGGAGCGUGUUGAAGGAGUUCGCUGCGAACUCCGUGCCUUCUGCUGCAGGGAUUUAGCUUCGAAGUCCUAUGCCAUGGAGUUGCUCCGCAUGCAGUUGAAGCCGCCGCAGCAUGGCGAGUGGGAUGCUUCCUUUGCACUGGCCAGCCAUAAGACCUUGACGAAGGAAGAGCUUGUGAUGCAGAAGUUCUCUGGAGAUAGGAAGACCGUGGAUCAAAUCGAGGAAGAAGUCCGCCGAACAGCCUCCACUUGGCUUGAGCGCUUCAAACUCGAAGGGUGUGCGCCGCAUGUCAUCCGGAUGGACUUCUUGGUCUCUGCACCUGCAGAUUUGGCUGACAUCGACGAGAAUAUUGAGGCUGAAGUCGCCGGAGAUGCCCCAGGACGUGACGGCUUUCAGCCGGCCACCAGCAGUAGGUCGCCGAAGCCAGCAUCCAGUCCGAAGUCUGGCGGAAGUCGACGAAUGUCGCAAGACGAACAGACGUCAAUGCAUGCAGCGGCUGACGAAGCCCUUAUGCGAGCAAUCGCGCAGGCAAGUGCCGGACUGUCGAUGGAUGCGAGCUGCACGGAGGAAAAUGAGAGCGUCCAGGAAGGGCUGCCGAGUGUCUCCGUGUCGAAGCUCCCGAGCGCCGUGACAGUGGCAGGGGUACCCGUCGCCACAACCGGGGACUUAGUGUACCUUGGAGGAGGGCUGUAUGCUGCUGCUGCUCCGGCUGAAAAGCCAGCCAAGAAGCAGAGUGCGGCGCCGGCUCGACCAAGACCUCGAAAGCCGCCUUCGGCCAUCAGAAGUGCAAGCGCACACAUCGUGGGCAACGGAGCACGUGCUGACGGCGACAGUUCACCACAAUCGAGGGCCCAGAGUGAAGGGCAGAUUGGCGUUGGCAACUUGAACCCUGACGGUCGAGGUUCUUCGCGGCAUGGAAGCGUCUCCGGCAGUACCAGCGUGGGUAGCGCACCGGGUGCUCGCAUAUGGCGUCCAUCAGGUGUCCAGAAGCUGCCAGCUGCAAAACUGGAGCCACCAUCAGGAUUUGGUGGGCGAGCGAGUCGCCUAACUGCAGAGGACAUCGGCAAGAUGCCCGGAGACCAUUCGGAGGACCGUGCAAGCAACCGAAGAUUACAUGGAAAAGAGGGCGUGCUGCUCUUUGGCCCGAAUGGGGUGCUCGCACACAUGCGCGAUCCGGAACAUCGCCAUCAGGCCAUGCUUCCGCCGUCUGGACCUCCUCAAGGAAUCGAACGACGAUUGGAGGAGCGGAAAGCAGCAAAACAGGCCAGGAUAAACGAGAUCCUCGAGGAGAAGGCUCUCCGUGAAGCCACGGAGGCAGCGAUCAGCAUGCAGAAGCGCCAAAACCUGGCCGCCAUGGCCCGGAAUGCUUCGACCCCGGAAAUGUCGGAGGAUCUCGACAGGAAAAGAACCCGCCUGGCAUGCAAGAUGGACAUCUUGGACUUCUUCCGAGGGUACCGGAAGGCCGUGCACAAACUCACAGCAGAUCAGCGGAAGGUCCUGCAGGCCAACCUUCAUGGUAGCGCUCUUACACAGCUCUGGUGCGCAUGGAUGCAAGACAGGGUCUGGGAGAAGAGUUUGUUUUUCCAGACAGCAUCAGAGAACGCACGCGCAGAGCCAACCUGGGGGGCCAUGGCGACCACCGACAAAUAUGACCGGCAGCUCCGGCUUUGGGGUGCGCAUGGACAGCGGGCGUUGAUGGAUGCCAAGGUUUGCAUGCUUGGCUCCUCCGCAAUUGCCACGGAAUCCCUCAAGAACUUGGUGCUGCCAGGCAUCGGCCAGUUCACCAUUGUGGACAAUGCAAAGGUAGAGGCUGCAGACCUUGGGCACAAUUUCUUUUUGGAGGAGGCCGAUUUGGGCAAACUCCGUUCCGAGGCGGCGUGCAAGUGGCUUCUCGAGAUGAAUCCCGAUGUUCAGGGGGCUCAUGUCGAUCAAGAUCCAGCAAAGGCUGUGGCUCAAGGAAAAGACUUCUUUCGGCAUUUCUCGCUGGUCAUCGCCUCCCAAGUCACAGAGCUAGUGGCAGCUCAGCUUGGAAGGCUCUGCGAGGAGCUGCAGAUCCCGCUGGUUCUCAUCACCUCCCUGGGAUUUGUAGGAAAGAUUCGCUUGUUUGUGACCGAGCACUGUGUCUGCGAGACGAAACCGGACUCCGAGUUUGGUGAUCUGCGUCUCACUGACCCAUUUCCAGAACUGAGGAGGUUUGCCGACUCAAUUGACUUUGCUAGCUUGAAUGACACUGAGCAUGCCCAUGUGCCAUAUGUUGUCAUUCUCAUCCGAGCGCUUGACUCAUGGAGGAAACGAUCCGAGGGGAGGACGUUGCCCAAAACUUCUCCGGAGAAGGACGAAUUCAAAGACAUUGUGUUGAAGAUGCGGCGCAGUCAACAAGAGGUCAACUUUGACGAGGCUCUCGCGAACGCAUACAAGGCUUGGAUGCCCUACGUGAUUCCAGAUGCGGCGCAGCAGGUUCUUUCGCACGUUGCGAACGCAUCGAAGAGCGACUUCUGGAUUGUUGCCAGAGCAGUGUCGCAGUUCGUGCGAGACUGUGGAAAGCUACCCCUCGCUGGAAGCCUGCCAGAUAUGACUGCCAGCACAGACAUGUUCAUCAAGCUGCAGGAGAUCUAUUCCAGCCGCGCCGAUGGAGACGUUGCUGCCAUCACGGCGCAUGUCGCCACAAUCCAAAAGGAACUGGGUGUGGAUGGGUCAACCGAUGCUGAGUUUGUCAAGCGCUUCUGUCAGAAUGCCUUGAACUGUGAGGUGUUCCGAUUCAGAACCUUGGAAGACGAGUUUCGACCACCGACCGUGGAAGAAGGUGGCAUUGACUUGGAAGAUGAGCUGCAGGAUGAAGACUCUUUGGUUGCGUGGUACAUUGCCCUGCGAGCCGCAGACAAGUUCAGGGAGGAUCGGCAGCACUGGCCUGGAGCGAUGUGUGGCGAUGGGGAGAAGGACGUGGCUGGCGAUGUGGCAACGUUGACAGGUCUGGCUUCGAAGAUUCUGUCGAGCUACAAGGCCUCUGUCUCUACAGACGCUAUGUCCAAGAUGAUCGAGGAGGUGGUACGAUAUGGUGGCUGCGAGCUACAUACCACAUCUUCGGUGCUUGGUGGAAUCACCUCGCAGGAGGUCGUGAAGUUGGUCACCAAGCAGUACUCGCCUCUCUGCAACACUCUUCUCUAUGAUGGUUUGCAGGGCAAGAUGCAGGUCCUCGAAAUGUGA